GUGUUAUUCUCAUCGCGUGUCGCAUGUACGUGUAGCAGUUAUCUACCCGAUCCAUCGGUCCUGACAAGACACAGGGCCUCGCGGCGCAUAGCCCGGAAAUCAUGGAAGAAAUUACAAACUGAUGACUACCUAAUGGUGGCCAUUCUGUUUACUUUUACUGGAGUCGUUGUCUGCGUGAACGAGACCGCACAACAUGGCAGCAACUAUAUUCCGCUAGAUAAGGCACUGUCACUCACAGAGGAAGAGCACGAGGAUGCCAUCUACGGCAGCAAGAUGACCUUCGUACUCGAACACUUCACAUUGGUCUCUCUAUGGCUGGUCAAAUCCUGCUUACUUAUUAUAUAUAAUCGACUAACGUUGGGAUUGAGAGAGCACUUAGCGGUUAAGGUACUUGCUGUUUACGUCGCAGCGUCCUUCGUUAUAAUCGAGAUUCUCUUCUGCACUGUGUGGUGCGGCCCGCCUAUCACGAUGUAUUGGGAUGUCCCGACCAAGGACCGUAAGUAUGCCCGUAUACUUCGUAACAAGUUCAACUCCGUUGCUAAUCCACUCUCAGCACAAUGCGCUACCUAUUAUGACCACUUGAUCACAACGAGCGCGUUCAACAUCUCAUCGGACUUGAUGAUGCUGUGUAUUCCAAUACCGCUUGUCCUGCGUUCGAGAAUCCCGCUCAAACGGCAAGAUUGUCUCAACCUAACCCUUGAAAAGCGGUUCACCGAGUCGUUACAGCUUACACGAGCACAGAUCCUUAUGGCAAUCCUCAAUCGAUACGUCAACUUCACCGAAGAAUACACCGUGAGCUUCUUGCGGUGGUACGUCGCCGAAGUCGCGACGGCCGUUUACGUGGCCAAUGUGCCACUCCUAUGGCCCCUUCUUCGAGAGCUCUUCAGCCUGAGCUCCUUCGCAAACUCAUACGGCAGACAAGGCGUGUCAUUCCCCAGCGGCCGUCGCACAACCAACACGCAUCACUCGCGGUUACGGUCACGACUGAGUCACAUGGAAGAAUCCACGGAGUCUAUCGUGCAACACUCGCAACCCGACCACGAAAAAGGAGGAUUCAGAUCCCUCGACCGGGGGCUAGAGCUAUCCCCCAUUCAAGAACGGCACUACCGGGCCACGGUCACGACCGAGGACGUGGAGCAGCCGGUGGAGAGGAAUGUUUCACGUCGCACUAGCCAGUCUCUCUCGGGGAUUUUCCGGACGGUGGAGGUGGUGCAAACGAGAGAAUAA